AUGAAAACAUCUAGAAGGUGUAAUCUGCAGACCACAGUAUAUAAUCCCGCAAUUCAGGAUGAAUCACUAAUCUCAGAUUAUAAUGAACCCAAUAGCCAUAUUUUAUUCGGCUUCAAUGUUCCCAAAAAGAACACAUUGGGUAAAGAGAAAAUUGACGGUUCAUCUUUCGCGUACACGUCUUCUUCGCUUCUCCCUCUUCGAACGGCACAACAGCCAUGGCCUUUAUCUUCUUCUUCAAAACGCGAUGGCACUAACUUCCAGAUUGAAGUGCUUGAAGAAGAUGCAGCAACAACUAAGCCAUCAACAAGUUUCUUUGAAGAUGAAGGUUCUCUCAAGAGGAUGAAGAUGAUGCAAAUUAUGGCUGGUUUGGCUUAUGGUGGAUUCUUGACGAUGAAGUUGAAUGAGCAUGAAGAUUGA